AAGAACAGGGGUGCCAUGGCGGGCCCCCGACGGGGCGCUGCGGCCUGCCUCCUCUGGAUGCUGCUGCUGUGGAGUAGGGGUGGCGGCUGCCAGGCCCAGCGGGCAGGCUGCAAAAGUGUGCACUAUGACUUGGUUUUCCUCCUGGACACCUCCUCCAGCGUGGGCAAGGAAAACUUUGAGAAGGUGCGGCAGUGGGUAGCCAACCUGGUGGACACAUUUGAGGUGGGCCCGGACCGCACACGCGUGGGCGUUGUGCACUACAGUGAUGCGCCCACCACUGCCUUUGAGCUGGGUCGCUUCAGCUCCCGAGAGGAGGUGAGGGCAGCAGCAGGGCGCAUCCCCUACCACGGCGGCAACACCAACACAGGCGAUGCCUUGCGCUACAUCACGGGCCGCAGCUUCUCCCCGCAGGCCGGCGGGCGGCCAGGAAACCGUGCCUUGAAGCAGGUGGCCAUCCUGCUGACAGAUGGCCGCAGCCAGGACCUGGUGCUGGACGCCGCAGCGGCCGCUCAUGCGGCGGGUAUCCGCAUCUUCGCGGUGGGCGUGGGCACCGCGCUGAAGGACGAGCUGGAGGAGAUCGCCUCUGAACCCAAAUCUGCCCACAUCUUCCACGUGUCGGACUUUGACGCCAUCGACAAGAUCCGUGGCAAGCUGCGGCGCAGGCUGUGCGAGAACGUGCUCUGCCCCAGUGUCCGUGUGGAAGGGGAUCGCUUGGAGCACACGAAUGGAGCAACCAAGGAAAUCACAGGUUUUGACCUGAUGGACCUGUUCAGUGUAAAGGAAAUCCUGGGGAAGAGAGAGAAUGGAGCCCAGAGCUCCUAUGUGCGGAUGGGCUCCUUUCCUGUGGUGCAGAGGACUGAAGAUGUGUUUCCCCAAGGUCUCCCUGAUGAGUAUGCCUUUGUCACCACCUUCCGGUUUCGGAAAACAUCUAGGAAAGAAGAUUGGUACAUCUGGCAGGUCAUUGACCAGUAUGGCAUCCCCCAGGUCUCCAUCCGACUGGACGGCGAAAAUAAGGCGGUGGAGUACAAUGCUGUGGGUGCCAUGAAGGAUGCCGUCAGGGUGGUGUUCCGAGGUCCCCGUGUCAGUGUCCUCUUUGACCGUGACUGGCACAAGCUGGCGUUGAGCAUCCAGGCCCAGAACGUCUCCCUGUACAUUGACUGUGCACUGGUACAGACGCUGCCCAUUGAGGAGAGAGAAAACAUAGACAUCCAGGGCAAGACAGUGAUUGGAAAGCGCCUUUACGACAGUGUGCCCAUCGAUUUUGACCUGCAGCGGAUUGUAAUUUACUGCGACUCGAGGCAUGCAGAACUUGAGACCUGUUGUGACAUCCCAUCUGGCCCUUGCCGGGUGACCGUGGUGACAGCACCUCCACCUCUGCCCCCGCAGCCACCUACUCCUGGCAGUGAACAGAUUGGGUACUUGAAAACCAUCAACUGCUCCUGCCCGCCUGGAGAAAAGGGUGAAAAGGGCUUUGAUGGCCCCGUGGGACUCCCUGGCCCAAAGGGAGACAUGGGAAGCACUGGGCCAGUGGGCGCUCCUGGACCCAAAGGAGAGAAAGGGGACACGGGCAGAGGAUCUUUUGUCCAAGGAGAGAAGGGGAAAAGCGGGUCCCCAGGCCUUCCUGGUCCUCCUGGCAGAGAUGGCAGUAAAGGCAUGAGGGGAGAGCCAGGAGAGCUGGGGGAGCCGGGGCUGCCUGGAGAGGUGGGCAUGCGGGGUCCCCAAGGACCGCCUGGACUUCCAGGGCCCCCUGGGCAUGUUGGAGCACCAGGGCUCCAAGGAGAACGAGGUGAAAGGGGGACUCGAGGAGAAAAGGGGGAGCGAGGCCUGGAUGGAUUUCCUGGGAAGCCCGGGGAGAUAGGAGAGCAGGGAAGACCUGGCCCUCCUGGUGUGGCAGGACCCCAGGGAGAGAAGGGAGAUGUGGGACCUGCAGGACCUCCUGGGGUGCCGGGGUCUGUGGUACAGAGAGCGGACCUGAAGGGCGAACAGGGAGCUCCAGGUCCAAGAGGUCAUCAAGGCCCACCCGGGCCACCAGGAGCUCCUGGUCUGACGGGUCCAGAAGGCAAGGAAGGACCUCCUGGUUUGCAAGGUCUCCGAGGAAAGAAAGGUGACAUGGGUGCGCCCGGACUCCUGGGAUCGCCAGGGCUGCAGGGUCCCUCAGGACCUCCUGGUGUCCCAGGUCCCCCUGGACCUAGAGGCCCCCCGGGUUUACCUGGAGAGAUUGGCUUCCCGGGCAAACCUGGGUCUCCUGGGCAUGCCGGACCACCUGGAAGGGAAGGGCUGAAUGGACCGCCAGGCCUGCCAGGAGCCAAGGGAGCACCAGGAGAAAGAGGAGAAGACGGCCUGCCUGGGAAGCCUGGGCCUCGGGGUGAAGCUGGGGAGCGGGGCCUGGCAGGCCAGCAUGGAGACAAGGGAGAAACUGGCCUCCCAGGUGCUCCAGGGUUCCCAGGUGUAAGAGGAGAGAAGGGAAGCCAGGGAGUAAAAGGUGAACUGGGACUUCCAGGACUGAAAGGUGACCGAGGUGAAAAGGGUGAAGCUGGUCCAGCCGGCCCCCCUGGGUUACCUGGAACUACUUCCCUGUUCACACCACACCCAAGAAUGCCUGGCGAACAAGGGCCCAAAGGAGAGAAGGGUGACCCAGGAGUGCCUGGAGAGCCGGUUGUUCCAUUGCAGGGCCGUCCUGGAGAACUCGGUCCUCGGGGACCCACUGGACCUCCGGGGACCAAAGGACAAGAUGGUGCACAUGGGGCUCCCGGAGCAGCAGGAAAUCCUGGUGCUCCUGGACCUGCGGGGCUCCCCGGUCCCAGCGGCCUCCCUGGAAGUGUGGGUCCGCCUGGCCUGAGAGGACCCCCUGGGAAAGACGGAGAGCGUGGCGAGAAGGGAACUGCAGGUGAUGAAGGGAGCCCAGGGCCAGCCGGCCUCAGGGGUGAUCCUGGUCUUCCUGGGGUCCCUGGGCCUCCUGGAAAAGGGAACGAUGGUGAACCGGGCCUGCGAGGAUUACCUGGACCAUCUGGACCCCCAGGAACCAAGGGGGACCGAGGAGUUCCUGGCAUCCCUGGCUCUCCUGGCAGCCGUGGCGACCCAGGCAUCGGGCUUGCUGGCCCCAGCGGACCUUCCGGACCACCAGGAGACAAAGGACCUCCGGGAUCUCGAGGAUUGCCUGGAUUCCCCGGCCCCCAGGGUCCAGCUGGCCAGGAUGGUGCACCAGGAAGUCCAGGAGAGCGAGGGCCUCCUGGGAAGCCAGGCCCUUCUUCACUGCUGUCUCCAGGGGACAUAAAUCUCUUGGUUAAGGAUGUAUGCAGUGAGUGCCCCCCUGGGCCCCCAGGCCUCCCUGGUCUGCCAGGGUUUAAAGGAGACAAAGGUCUCCCAGGAAAGCCAGGGAGAGAAGGCACAGAAGGGAAAAAGGGAGAAGCUGGACCGCAAGGCCUCCCAGGGCCCCCAGGAAUACCUGGCCCACAGGGAGGCCCAGGUGAGCGGGGUGCAGACGGUGAAGUUGGACAGAAAGGCGAUCAGGGUCAUCCUGGAGUUCCAGGUUUCAUGGGGCCCCCAGGGAACCCUGGGCCACCAGGAACAGAUGGAAUUGCAGGAGCUGCUGGAGCACCAGGAAUUCAGGGACCACUGGGGAAAGAAGGUCCUCCUGGCCCCCAGGGCCCGCCUGGAAUCCCUGGAAUCCCGGGAGAAGAAGGCAAACAGGGCAGAGAUGGGAAGCCAGGUCUCCCUGGGGAGCCGGGCAAAGCAGGAGAGCCAGGUUUGCCAGGACCGGAGGGCGCGCGGGGCUCCCCUGGCUUCAAGGGACACACAGGUGACCCCGGUGCUCCUGGUCCCCGGGGAGAACCUGGUGCCACUGGGCCCCCUGGCCAGGAAGGUUCGCCAGGAAAAGAUGGUGACACUGGACCUGCAGGGCCACAGGGUCCUCGAGGACCCAGGGGCCCAUCGGGUAACAAUGGAUUACCGGGCUCCCCAGGAGACCCUGGCCGCCCAGGAAGCCCUGGCCAGAAGGGAAGCAAAGGAGAAAAUGGUAUCCCAGGACUUCCUGGCUUCCUGGGUCCCCGUGGGCCUCCGGGAGAAGCGGGAGAGAAAGGUGUGCCGGGCAAGGAGGGUACGCCUGGGAAGCCUGGAGAGCCGGGAGCCAAAGGAGAAAAGGGAGACCCUGGGAGCAAAGGAGAAAAAGGACUGCCUGGUGGGAAAGGUCAGCCUGGGGACCCUGGAAUCCCAGGCCACAAAGGCCACACAGGUCUGAUGGGCCCCCAAGGGCCACCUGGGGAAAGCGGGCCAGCCGGGCCCCCAGGACCACCAGGCCAACCAGGAUUUCCGGGACUGAGGGGGGAGUCUCCAUCCAUGGAUGUCCUGCGGCGGCUUAUUCAGGAAGAACUUGAGAAGCAGCUGGAGAGUGAACUUGCCUACCUCCUGGCCCAGAUGCCACCUGCACAUGUGAAAGCAUCGCAAGGCAGACCUGGGCCCCCGGGACCCCCUGGAAAAGAUGGUCUUCCGGGCAGGGCGGGGCCCAUGGGGGAGCCGGGCCGACCUGGCCAGGGGGGUCUGGAAGGACCCUCUGGGCCAAUAGGUCCCAAAGGCGAGCGAGGAGCCAAAGGUGAUCCAGGUGUACCUGGAGUUGGCCUCCGAGGCGAGAUAGGACCCCCUGGAAUCCCAGGUCAACCUGGGGAGCCUGGCUAUGCUAAAGAUGGACUCCCAGGCAGUCCUGGCCCUCAAGGGGAGACGGGACCUGCUGGACACCCUGGCCCUCCAGGCCCACCAGGUCCUCCUGGCCUGUGUGACCCUUCCCAGUGCGCCUACUUUGCCAGCCUUGCUUCCCGGCCGGGUAAUGUGAAAGGCCCCUAAAAGAUUCUAGAAAAUCAAAAGACUGCAAUGGAUUUCUGAAAUUUGAACUCAUAGCCCCAUGGGACACCAGAGGCCUCAAGACAUUUCAACUCCUUCCGUCCUUUGCUUGCUUCUUUUUUCCUUCCUUCCUUCAUUCCUUCCUUCCUUCACUCCUUCCUUCUCUUUUAUAUCAAUUUCUUCAGAGACCUCAGAGUUAUUAAAACAAAUGCUGCAGAUUAUCAGAUUAUUAUUAAUGUUAUUACUCUUAAUUAUUAUAUUAUUGUCGCCUUUGCCAAUGCUUGUAUUUUCCCUCUGUUCCCACACUGGUAACGUGAGACAGUGGGGCAGCUGGUGUUCCUGACUCCCCCAAGGGCACCAUCUGAAGCACAGCUCCUAAUUUUGAGACUCUUGGUGCUAUGAAACCCUGAUCGGACACUUGCAGAAUUUACCUCUUACCUGAAAAUCCAACUUUACACAGUGGAGCCCAAAAGCUUCUGUUCUCAGCUGUGCCCAGAAGUCACCCAGGGAAAACAGUCUCCAAGCCACUGCUUCCCAGGAAAGCAGGAAGAAGAAGGGCUCACAGACUUGAAGAGCAUUCUGUCUAUGCAGGGAAAGCCCAGCAGAGAGCAGUUGGCUCUUGGGGCACAGCUGGUGUCCUCCGUGUUUCCAGCUGUGCAAGGGGGAUGGAUGAUGUUAUGAGGCUUGUCAUUGGCUUGGUGGGAUCCUGUGUCUAAGCCAAAGAUGAGAAACGGGUUGAAGCAGCAGCCAGAGUGUGAAAUUGCUUUUAACCCAUGUGUAAGGUCACCUUUGAGUUCCUCUUGUUGGGUUCCAUCAGAUUAAUUGUCAAAUAAAGGUAUUCAGUGACCAUCCCAGUUUUCCUGAUGGUGGGCAGUUGGCUCGGCCACUGACCAGAGCUGAGGACUCCUUCCAGGUUCUGACUCUGAAAUAUUUGCCUUGACUGUAUGUGUGUAUGACAUGCCUGGCACA